AGUUACAUCCGGAAAUGACGCGUUUGUUGAAAAAAUAAAAGAGCGAUAAUCGUUAUUGUUAGCUAGCAGGCGAACUGGUGAAUGGUGAUAUGACAGAGUAAUAACGUCCUAUUACAAGUGCACGAUAGAGUUAUUACAAACGUAAAGUGAUGGAGGACGGAAACAGGACUGAUGCUGCCUCCACAUCUAAAAGCCAUGCAGGCUCUCUCCACCUGCAGACUCCAAAAAAUGAAGAAACCUAUGAAAUUGUCAUCCCCUAUGAAGAAAACUCCUUUGAGCAGCAAGGAUUUUUCAAUCAGAGUGAACAGACUUUUGAUGAGUCACCCCCAUCUGCUGGCCCAUCCCAAGUAAACAACUUAUACAUGGUGAUCACCAACCUGCGGACCCAGCUACAGAUCUCUCUAGAGAAAAACUCCUGGAUGCAGAAAAGAAUUGAGGACUUGGAAGAGGAGAGGGACUUCCUCCGUUGCCAGCUGGACCGCUUUAUAUUUUCCACAAAGAGCCAGGAGCAGAGUCAGAGCCAGUACAGUAACGGUUAUGACUCCAGACGAUUCAACUGGAGAGUAAGAAGAGAGGAAGAUCGCCGUGUUGAGCAACAGAAGCCUCAAGAGUCUCAGCAUUUCUCCUCACGGCAGUCUAUACAACGAAGGCCUGGUCCUCCAACCAUGGUGCCUUCCAAAAAUCCUGUCUCCUGUCCACUAACCAAUCAGCUUGUCUCUUUAAAUGCUUUGUUUAACUCUACCCAGUCCCAGGCCCUCUUGCAGGGCCAUAGCCACAGUACUCCCAAUGCCACAGCCAGUGGCAGCAGCGGCAACCAUAACAGUGCUGCAAGGUCACCCAUGAAUGAAAUGAGUGGACAUAGUAACUUAGGUCCAGAUUCAAUUUCCCUCUUCGGAGAAUCUGAUGAGUACUUGGAGCAGAGUGGGUACCUCGACGAGGAGGAAAUGAUAUCAGCGGAAGAUUUAAUGCAAGGUACCAUUAACAACAAAGGACACCUAUUGAAGAGAAGGCGGGUCUUCCGAGCCCCAACAGAGCGGCAGAGAGUGAAAGAUGCUGCUGGAGUGCUGUUUCGCUACAAGAAGAUCCUGCUUACAUACCAGCGUCUGAAAAACAUGUCGAAAGCCUUCCAAAUCCAUGGUGUGGACCGCAACACGGUGGCUUCCACUACACCCAUUGCUGAGAUGCUACUUGUGGCCCCAGAGAAGGUGGCAGAGCUGGGCGAGUUUGACCCAUCCAAGGAGAAGCUUCUGGACUAUGCCCGGCGCUGCUACACUGUUCUGGAUGAGGAGACACUUAGCAGGGUGCAGGCCCUGAAGAAGAAUAACCUGCUCCUGCCUAUCUCCUACAGGUUUAGACACUGAUGAGAGAAAGACAGCAGAACGGGAAAUCUUUCUAGAAAACAUGGAAAGUUUGGAGAGAAUAGACAGUUAGGUUCUGCUGCAGCAGGCCAGCUCACCUCCGUCCUUUCCAAUAUACGGUUUACAAUGGUUUAUGUGUGAACAGAAAGGUGUCUUAACUAUUGGGAUAAUAAAGGGGAUUUCCUUCCUUCAGUGCUUAAAUGUGUAACCAACUUAGCUUGUUAAUGUUUUAGCCUCAACAUUUGCCAAGACAAUGACAUUUAUUCACUGAACAUCUGGAUCAGUUUGUGGCCAGUAGACGAAUAAUGUAUUGUCUAGAGAUCAUUUGAGCUCCUGAUAGUCUAAAAGAUGUAUGAGCCUUGUGUCACUGACUUUAUUUGUGUGCACAAUCCUUAAAAUAGUGUAGCUUGUAUUCACAAUGUCUGUUUAUGUUAAAACAAUGCUGCACUCAAUAGAUUUUGUAGGAAUACACAAGAUGUCAUAUUUUCCUUUUGUUAAUAUUUCUCUUUUUGUCUGUGCUUUAUUAUUUUUGGCAUUGAAAUGAUAUCUUCAACCAUUUUCUAUUGCCUUAAUGGGAUUUCAUGAUUUAAGACAUGCAACACUUUUGGGUCACUUUUCUUUCCUGAACAGCAACUGAGUUUGAAUUGGGGAGUUAUUUUGUUUUUCUGUUCCUUUCCAUGUAUCCUGUUGUAAAGGAGGAGAACAAAUGACAUUAGAAAGAGAAAGAAGUAAAAAUGUACUGACUGUAGUAAAGACUAGUCCACCAUUAUUUGGUGCAAUAAUUUGGUGCUGUCACCAGACAGAGCCUUCUCCGUUGCUGCCCCCUCCCUCUGGAACUCACUCCCCCAACCCAUCAGAGACUGCACUGACCUCACCACCUUCAAAAAACUCACCUCUUCAAUCUGGCUUUUAAUGUGUGAUUGUUUUUGUAUUAUUUGACUUUAACUUUAACUAUAUAUUUAUUUGUUGUUCCUUCCUUUUCUUUUCCCUUCACCAUAUCUGUAAAGCGUCUUUGAGCACCUGUAAAAGCGCUAACAAAUUAAAUCUAUUAUUAUUAUUCGUUUUUUGACAGAAAAAUACUAGAAGCAACAAUUUGUACUGUUUGUUCUGUUAUAAAAUAUGAGGAGUUGAGAAUAUAUUCCUAACAUUUUAUAAACCGAGUUUGCGUUAAUAAUAGUAAUGUCAAUAAAUCGGAUUAACAGCAA